ACAAAUUUCCUGAUUAACGACUCAUUUCCUCUUUGGGCUGUUCUCUUGUUGUGUUCGUUCGGAGUGUCUCUUCUCGUAUACUUGACGUCCAGACCCGAGGAACCGCCUAUUUAUCAUAAUUUCUUAAGUGAUGCUAUACUGGGUCUUACAAUAUUAGCCUGGGGUAACAGUCUAGGAGACCUAUCAAUGGCACGACAUGGUUAUCCAGGUAUCGGCAUCUCUGCUUGUUUUGGUGGACCACUGCUUAACUUACUUAUGGGUUUGGGAUUACCCUAUACUAUACUGUUAGUUGAUGAACCAGAGGAUAAAGGGGUUGAGUUAGUGUACAACCGCAUGGUCACUUUAUUAUACACGACCAUAUCAAUUAGUCUGGUAUCAUCGAUGAAG